UCAUGCAACAUGGCGGACCUUGAGGCUGGCAGGUCUAUUGUAGGAUUUUCCGAGAAUGUUGGUGGUCGAUUUCGUUGUAUUCAAGAGCUAUGAUUAGCUUGAUCUUGCAAUUAACCAAAAGUAUAUCAUGGCGAAGAAAAGAGUGGCCUACUUUUACGACGAGGAUGUUGGAAAUUUUCAUUAUGGCCCUAAUCACCCAAUGAAACCUCACAGACUUACUUUAACCCAUAAUCUGGUAUUUAACUAUGCUCUUCAUAAGAAAAUGGAGGUCUACAAGCCUUAUAGGGCAACAUACCAUGACAUGUGUAGAUUUCAUUCAAGUGACUAUAUACAAUUUCUACGAAGGGUAACACCACAAAACACAGCGCAAAACAAAACGCUCAACAAUUUCAAUGUUGGAGAAGACUGCCCUGUGUUUUCUGGCCUGUUUGACUUCUGUUCUAUUUAUACUGGAGCUUCACUUGAAGGUGCAGUCAGGCUUAAUCAAGGGGUUUGCGACAUUGCUGUCAAUUGGGCAGGAGGUUUGCAUCAUGCCAAAAAAUGUGAGGCAUCAGGAUUCUGCUAUGUAAAUGACAUUGUGGUUGCAAUACUGGAACUGUUAAAGUAUCACAACCGUGUGUUGUACAUUGACAUUGACAUUCACCAUGGUGAUGGAGUACAGGAAGCCUUUUAUUUGACCGAUCGAGUAAUGACGCUGUCCUUUCACAAGUAUGGGAACCAAUUCUUUCCAGGAACUGGAGACAUGUUUGAAUUAGGAGUUGAAAACGGACGAUACUAUUCACUAAAUGUUCCUUUAAGAGAUGGAAUAGAUGAUCAAGGUUAUGCCAAUCUUUUUAAACCCAUAAUGCAGUCUGUUGUGAACCACUAUCAACCAAGCUGCAUUGUUUUACAAUGUGGAGCUGAUUCACUUGGGUGCGACAGACUUGGUUGUUUUAACCUCAGCAUCAAAGGACAUGGUGAGUGUGUUCAAUUUGUGAAGACCUUCAACCUUCCAAUGUUAGUUCUCGGUGGUGGAGGAUACACCAUUAAGAAUGUUGCACGGUGCUGGGCCUACGAAACAUCGCUUCUAGUGGAUCAGGAAAUCUCAAGUGAUAUUCCCUAUAACGACUAUUUGGAGUAUUUCGCACCAGACUUCUCCCUGUAUCCAGACAUCGCAGCCAGAAUAGAGAAUCAGAACACGAAACAGUACUUGGAACAAAUAAAGCACACUGUGAUAGAGAACAUUAAAUGCCUCACAGGGGCUCCCAGCGUACAGAUGCAAGAGGUCCCCCCGGAUUUCAUGUGCUUGGAAAGCAUGGAAGAACAGGAGGACCCUGAUGUGAGACAGGAGGAUGACACAAGAUUUGAAGGGGAGUUUUAUGAUGGCGACCAUGAUGUUGACAAAGAAGACGCCUAUGUAGAGGUGUAAAACGUUAAAGGAGGCAGACCUUUCUGUCCGCGAACUAUUAAACAGCCAUUAAGAGCUUUGAAGGCACGGGUGCCCCUUUUGAAAGUGGCUAAAAGGGAUCCGUAGAGAGUCAAUGUUUUCCAGAAUAAAAAAAAACAAAAAAAACAGGAAAAAAGCAACCACUACUACAACAACGAAAGCAGCUAGAGAACAUAUUUGCUUGGAGGCCACCCCGAAGGUUGUUGCAGACGUGUACAUCACGAAUGAUUCAUAACGAGAAACCGUUUCGUUCAUGGCCAUUGUAGGCGAUGUACAGUCACUUCAAACAUUAAGUGGUAUUAUAUAAAUUGUGUAUCGUAGAAGUCUGUUAUUUAAGAUAUGUAAGAUUGAAUAAAGUGCAAAUAAAAAUCUGUCAAAACA